AUGUCGCUCGCCACACCCACCCCAGACGACCUCGACGAGUUCUUGCUAUCAUGUAGAUACGGAGAUGUUGAAGACAUCCAACAGUUUGUCGACAGAUUUGGAUCCGAUGCCCUCAGCACCGCCCGCGACGAGGUUGGCAACACCGUCUUGCAUAUGGUCUCCGGCAACGGGCACACAGAUGCCCUGAACAUCCUGCUCCCCCUUGCUCCCCCGUCUCUGCUCUCCGCGCGCAACAACGCCGGCUCAACACCACUGCACUGGGCUGCGCUGAACGCGCACCUCCCCAUCGCCCAGGCGCUCGUCAAAUGGCCUUCGGGUCCAGGUGCUGACCUCAUCGACAUCAAGAACGCGGCGGGGCGGUCUCCACUGGGCGAGGCAGAGAAUGCCGGAUGGGAUGAUGGUGCGCGAUGGCUCGUCGAAGUGAUGAAGCUCGACGAGGGCUCGGUAAAGGGCGAGUCGGCAAAUGAGAAGGAUGAUGAAGAGCUGAGAGAAGCGGCUGCGGCCGGUGUGGAAGUCGAGAUCGAGGACGCGGAGGGUCGUGUCGCAAAAAUGACCAUCGGCGCGGAUGGGAAGGAAAAAACCUCAGUAGAGAACACAUGGUGCGUGUCCAGCUCACUUUGA